AUGAUCGUGCCAAAGGAAGUGCAAGAAGGACUGCAACGUCUAACAGCAAAAGUUGUCGUCAAACCAAUACCCGCCGUACAGAACACAAGGUCCUUUCCAGGGCCUAGAGCAGGACUAGUAGCCGCCGGUGUUCUGUUUACAUUAGUCGGCAUCUUCGCAAUCACAUGUCGGGUCCUGACUCUCGUACAACGGCGGCGAAAGAUCGGAUACGAUGACUACGCGAUGUUCGCGGCCUUUGGCUGCGCGACCGGAUUCACAAUAGCAGUCUUCGUCUCUGUUCGGUGGGGCGUCGGACUAGAACUAGGCGAUGUUCCUGUCAAUUGGGCAACGAAAGCCAUCCAGGCAAUAUACACCGACGAGAUCUUCUACUACAUGACAAUAUUCUGCAUCAAGCUGUCGUUGAUGUUCUUGUACCUGAGGCUUGCUGCCGAACUGCGAGGGUGGUUCUUCUACGCCAGCGUGGGACUUCUGGUGCUCCUAAUAUUGCAUUUCAUCACAACGAUAGCUGUCGUUGCGACGCAGUGUGUGCCGAUCCACAAGUACUGGACGCCGAGUACUCCCGGCACAUGUAUCGAUAUUACAGCCUUCUUCUACUCUACCAGUAUCUUUACAAUAAUAACGGACUUGAUCAUGAUUCUGCUACCCAUCCCAAUAAUUUGGCGUAUCCCACGAGAUAGGCGUCAGAAGAUAGCCAUCUUGUCCGCGUUCCUUGUAGCCGGGGGCGGAACUCUAGCAAGCUGUAUUCGACUUUACUCGAUCAAGAUUUUCACGCAAUCUCGACAGCCCAUGCGGGAUGCUGCCGUCAUUAGCCUAUGGUCGUUCGUGGAGAUCAAUCUAGGCAUCCUAUGCGCUUCUUCUGCAGUGAUCAAGCCCAUCUUCUCGAAAACUCGUGCUCCUUCACUCGAGAAGGAAGGUGCAAGACGAUUGCGCUCCGCUGCUGGCAACCGCGGCACGAUCGGCACUCCCAGACACAGACCUCGAACGACCAUAUCCCGUGACCUCAAAGACUUUGGUCGAUGGUCACAGUCACAAGCCAGCACAGCAGUGACUUCGCCAGUGGGAGUCGUAUCAAAGAAAGAUAGCGAAGAAGGAAUGGAGCUUGUCGGGAAAUGCGAAGAGAGCCCCGAACGGCACAGUGUACGUCUUCCCGAGCCUCCGUCGCUCCAUCAGAAGACACCUCGGGGUCGACGAUCUCAACUUAUGCUGGAUGCUGCGGACCAUCAACCGAACCCUCGAAGCAUGCACGCCAUGAUGUCGCCUGAGCCAUCCAAUGAUCCGGUGUUGCUGAGAAUGCACGAGGAGCAGGCGCGGCUUCGGCAGGCGUUUCCUCAGUACUUUCCCCAGGCCUCCACUCGUGCUGGUAUAAAGCAGGGACAGCCAAUUGCGGGCUGGUAA